AUGUCACUCAGAUCAACAACCACAAUGCUCAGACCCACCUCCUCGAUACUCCGACAACAGCUGGUAGCACGGGGUAUAUCAACUACGACGCCCAAGGGUGCAAGUCACGAUGAUUCGCAUCAUGGUCAUGGGGAGGGAGCAGAUGAUGCCUAUACAACGGAAUCAUUCUUCAAUCCCUUCUGGAGAAACACCCUCGUCCUGACCACUCUCGCCAUCCUUGCCUACCCUUAUAUCCCAUCUACAUCAUCCAAUACCACUUCUCCUUCACUCGACCCAGAAACAUUCUCCAAAUCCACCAAAGAUAAAUCGUUACCCUACGUCACGAGGUUAUUAGCCUCCAUCACUCCCGAAUCUCGAAUCUGGACAGAGAGGAAUGACAAACACUUGGAGUUGAGUAAAGAUGCCGCGGAGACCAAGUUGUUGUUCCAGGAAGCUGAGAGGCCUAGGGUGUUGAGGAUGAGAUACCCCAGUUCGUUUGAACAAGCUUCACCACACAAUAUCGCUGUCGGCUCUCAAACCGACUUGUCAGAUCUCAAAGUACAACUUUAG